AUGGUCGGAGCUAAACCAGUGAUGAAAACGGAGGAGAAUGGAUCUGACGGUGGGGCAAAUACCUCUACAGGGCUGCUUCACGGCCGUUACGAGCUAGGUCGACUUCUAGGUCACGGAACAUUCGCGAAAGUGUACCACGCACGCAACGUAACAACCGGCAAAAGCGUCGCUCUAAAAGUCGUGGCCAAAGAGAAAGUCAUAAAGGGAGGCAUGGAGGAGCAGAUCAAGCGUGAGAUCUCGGUGAUGAAGAUGGUGAAGCACCCCAACAUCGUGGAGCUCCACGAGGUCAUGGCCAGCAAAACCAAGAUCUACUUCGCCAUGGAGCUAGUACGAGGCGGCGAGCUCUUCGCUAAAGUCGCCAAAGGAAGGCUGCGCGAGGACGCGGCGCGCGUGUACUUCCAACAGCUGAUCUCCGCGGUUGAUUUCUGCCACAGCCGCGGAGUUUACCACCGCGAUCUCAAGCCGGAGAAUCUCUUGCUUGACGAGCAAGGCAACCUGAAAAUAACUGACUUUGGUCUCUCUGCUUUCGCCGAGCAUUUGAGGCAAGACGGGCUUCUCCACACCACGUGUGGUACUCCUGCGUACGUUGCGCCGGAGGUUAUAUUGAAGAGAGGGUACGACGGAGCUAAGGCGGAUCUGUGGUCUUGCGGUGUGAUCCUCUUCGUGCUUCUCGCUGGGUACUUACCGUUUCAAGAUGAUAAUCUUGUCAACAUGUAUAAGAAGAUUUAUAGAGGAGACUUCAAGUGUCCUGGUUGGUUCUCUUCCGAUGCGAGACGGCUCGUGGUAAAGCUUCUGGAUCCGAAUCCGAAUACCCGGAUCACUAUUGAGAAGGUUAUGGAUUCAACUUGGUUCAAGAAAAGGUCCAAGAAUGAGCCAGAGGUUCAAGAUCUUGAUCUCUCCGUGCACAAGUUUAAAGAAGAGACUGAGACGCUAAACGCGUUUCACAUAAUCGCGUUGUCCGAAGGGUUUGAUCUCUCGCCGUUGUUCGAGGAGAAGAAGAAAGAGGAGAAUAGAGAGAUGAGGUUUGCUACUUCGCGUCCCGCGAGUAGUGUGAUAUCUAGUCUUGAGGAAGCGGCGAGGGUUGGGGAUAAGUUCGAUGUGAGGAAGAGUGAGAGCAGAGUGAGGAUGGAAGGGAAGCUGAGUGGUCGGAAAGGGAAGUUGGCGGUGGAGGCAGAGAUAUUCGCGGUGGCGCCGUCGUUUGUUGUUGUGGAGGUGAAGAAAGAUCAUGGGGACACUCUUGAGUAUAAUAACUUUUGUAGUACGGCUCUUAGACCAGCUCUUAAGGACAUUUUCUGGACUUCUACACCUGCUU